AUGGCGACUCAGACCACUUUAGACGUGGCACACGACGAUCGCAAACGAUCAAUCCACGUCGACGCCGAGGCCUUGCGUCGUAUGUCCAUCAAAAAUCCCAAUCUUGAGGCCGUCAGCCAUGAAGCACAAAACGCAACCAACGCCGAACACGAGCUGGGACUCCGUCAGUCUUUGAAGUUAUACCCCAAGGCUAUCGCCUGGUCCAUAUUCCUAUCAACAUGUGUCGUCAUGGAAGGCUUUGACAUCACGCUCAUCACGGGCCUUUUCGCGUACCCUGCCUUCCAGCGAAAGUUUGGCGUUGAACAGCCUAACGGCUCGUUUGAACUGACGGCGGCCUGGCAGUCCGGCUUGACAAACGGCAUGCUUGUGGGUCAGAUUCUUGGUCUCUUCAUCAACGGUAUCGUUGCUGAGCGCCUCGGAUACCGCUACACACUUGUCGGCUCCCUUGGCUUGGUAGCCGCCUUCAUUUUCAUCAUCUUCUUCGCCGAAACUCUUGUUCAACUCCUGAUCGGAGAGAUCCUCAUCGGCGUCCCUUGGGGUGCAUUUCAGACCCUGACCGUCACUUACGCUUCGGAGGUCUGCCCCAUCCAUCUGCGCGCUUAUAUGACGACAUAUGUCAACCUCUGCUGGGUGAUCGGUCAGUUCAUUGCCAGUGGUGUCCUACGCGCCAUGGUUGAACGCGACGACAAGUGGGGCUACAAAAUCCCUUUCGCCUUGCAGUGGAUCUGGCCUGUCCCUUUGGCUAUCGGCAUCUGGUACGCCCCCGAAUCGCCGUGGUGGCUCGUCCGUAAGGGUCGUCUCGAGGAUGCAAAGCGAUCUGUUCUUCGACUUACGAGCCGUAACGCUAACCCCGAUUUCAACGCCGAUGAGAGCGUGUCCAUGAUGGUUCAUACCAAUGAGCUCGAGAAGGCAGUCUCCGAGGGCACGUCCUAUCUCGACUGCUUCAAGGGUAUCGACCUGAGGAGAACCGAGAUUGUAUGCGCCUCAUGGGGUGUACAAACGCUUUGCGGCAGUACAUUCAUGGGAUACUCGACAUAUUUCUACCAACAGGCCGGUCUUGCUGUUGAGGCUUCGUUCAGCAUGUCUCUUGGUCAGUACGCCCUCGGUGCCGUUGGCACCCUUUCGUCAUGGUUUCUCAUGAGGUGGUUUGGACGUCGCACACUAUACCUCAGUGGGCAACUGAUCAUGGUCAUACUACUCAUGACCAUCGGUUUCGCCUCCCUCGCCUCGCGAGACAACGCAUCGGCCCAAUGGGCCAUCGGCAGUCUGCUCCUGGUCUAUACCCUGACGUAUAAUUGCACCGUUGGCCCCAUCUGCUAUUCUCUUGUUUCAGAGCUUUCGUCGACACGACUCAAGACCAAGACAGUUGUGCUCGCGAGGAACGCAUACAAUAUCCUGGGCAUCACGACCAAUGUGCUCACCCCCCGCAUGUUGAACCCAUCGGCGUGGAACUGGGGUGCCAAGGCUGGCUUCUUCUGGGCCGACACCUGUGCGCUUUGCUUCACUUGGACAUACUUCCGUCUGCCUGAGCCCAAGGGCCGAACCUAUGGCGAGUUGGAUAUCCUCUUCGAGCAGAGGAUUUCGGCUCGCAAAUUCAAGAGUACAAAGGUUGAAGAACUCGAGACGAGGAAUGUGCACGUGUCAGAGAAGGAAGCCGACCUUGAGACGGUUGAAGUGGAAAGGGUGGCUUCUGUUUGA